UGUGUUCGUCAUGCAGCGCUGUUGUCUGUCAAGCGCGCGAUGUAAAGGCGCAAAGGCGCUCGGCUCAGCGCGUAUAUUGGUGAUUGUUGUGACGGCUGUGACGGUAAGCAGCAAAACAGCCAACGGUCGCUCACCCACGGACCGCGGCGGAGAGAGAAAGCGAUCGGAUCUUCGGUGAUCGGUUCACGUCCGUCCGGCUGUUUCAGAUGAUGGUUCUGGACGGGUUCGGCUGCGGGAAGAGUCUCAGCGCGGCGGCGGCGCAGGGGAACGUGGAGGCGGUUCGGCGGAUCCUGCAGGAUCACCGGGUCGAGCCGGACACGCUCAACGAGUUCGGGAAAACCGCGCUGCAGGUGAUGAUGAUGGGCUGCACCAGCGUGGCGCGUGUGUUGCUGGAGCACGGCGCUGACCCCAACGUCCAGGACCGCUGCGGCGUGACCCCCGCGCACGACGCGGCCCGCACCGGGUUCCUGGACACGUUGCGAGUUCUGGUGGACUACGGCGCCUCCGUCAACGUCCCCGACCACAGCGGGGCCCUGCCCAUCCACAUCGCCAUCCGCGAGGGCCACUGGGACGUGGUGGAGUACCUGGCCCCCCUCUCGAACCUGGGGCACCAGGACGGCCGAGGGGCCAGCGCGCUGGACGCGGCCCGGGACGCGUGCGCUCUGGAGAUGGUGGAGCUUUUAGAGCGGCUGAUGGCCACCGGUUCGAAUUGAAGAACUGUACGGUUCGAUUCGCGCGCUUGGGAGCCCUCGGUGCUCGUCAGCGGGUUGUAUUUAUGUUAAUAUGUUGGAUGUUGAGAUGUAUGUUUCGAUAGUUGCUAGUUGAACUCAUAAUAAUAUUAGCUGGAAUAUGUAGCGCCGGUUUUGCACAGAGCAAAUCCCCGCGCCGGGUCCGAGAGAGCGGCUCUCCUUCGGUCACGUGCGGGUUUGCCAGGCACACGUGUAAAUAAGUCUUUCUUUGGUAUUUUACAAAACAUUUCUGUGCAGAAACUUGAACUGUUAACAUUUUUAUUCUUGUGAAAUGAUUUCUUGCCAUCCAUGCACUGAUGAAUUCUCGCUUUGUGUGUACAUUUGCGGAUUAUCGUCUGUAAAUAACCUUUUAUGAAUUUAUUUGACUUAUUUAUUGAAAAAUAAUUGUAUAUUAACGUUUAUGUUUACUGUGGUAUUUCAGAUGUUAUUUAUUAAGGUGUUUAAUAAACUGAAAAAUCAGUUUGUCUGAAUUAACCGUGUUGAAGAUCGUAUUUUCCAGCAGAUAAUUCCCUAAUCAAAAUCACGAACGAACAGAGCCAUAUGUGGGCACCAGUAGCCUUGCUGUUCGCUUUGGACGUCCCGAGUUUGAGUCCCGGCUCACAGACCUUUCCUUUCACA